UUCAAGAUGGCGGCGGCGGCAAGUUCCCUCGUUUCUUACGGCAGCGACUCAGAUUCGGAAAAUGAGUCGGAAUCCGGCUCUGUUGUGCAGAAAGCGGAUCCAGAGGCGGUCGCACACCUUCAGCCUUUAAAAUCCGGCGGUAUCACGACUUUAGCCGCCCUGAAUUCAGCGCCUGAAGUAGCUGUGAAGGAAGGUGUUGAGACCGGAGUGCAUCUUGAUCCAGCCCUUAAAGAAGUCGAUUACAACCCUUCGUACGAAACCAUGUUUGCUCCAGAGUUUGGACCAGUCAACCCAUUCAGAACCCAGCAGAUGGCUGCGCCGAGAAACAUGCUGUCUGGAUACGCCGAACCGGCCCACGUCAAUGACUUCAUGUUUGAACAGCAGAGGAGGACGUUUUCUACCUUCGGUUAUGCUCUGGAUCCGUCUGUGGACAGCAGCAGUCAGGUCACAACCAACACUUACAUUGGAGCCGUAGAUGAGGCUGAGAAAAAUAAAGGGCAGACCGUGUUCGAGACCGGACCCAAGAAAAACGAGAAGAGGAAGAAGCUGAAAGGAGGAGACGCCUCAGAGAUUGACGACUUUCUGGGUCCUUGGGCCAAAUUCCAGGAUGAGAAAGAUGUGGCCAAACCAUCUGAGGAGGAACAGAAGGAGCUGGAUGAGAUCACAGCGAAACGACAAAAGAGAGGGAGAAAUGAAGAAGAGGCUCCAGCGGAGGAGAAGACCAUCCUGCACAUUAAAGAUGCGUAUGAUUAUCAGGGUCGCUCGUACCUGCACAUUCCUCAGGAUGUUGGCGUUAACCUGCGUUCUUCAGAAGCUCCGGACAAAUGCUACUUACCCAAGAAACAGCUGCACGUUUGGAGCGGACACACAAAGGGUGUCAGUGCCAUCCGGUUGUUUCCUGCGUCUGGUCAUCUGCUUCUCUCCUGCUCCAUGGACUGUAAGAUCAAGUUGUGGGAGGUUUAUAAUGAGAGAAGAUGUGUGCGGACGUUUAUCGGUCACAGUAAAGCCGUGCGAGAUGUGUGUUUCAAUAACACCGGCACACAGUUCCUCAGCGCUGCCUAUGACAGAUAUAUCAAACUCUGGGAUACAGAGACCGGAAAGUGCAUCGCACCCUUCACUAACAGAAAGGUCCCUUACUGUGUGAAGUUCAACCCAGAUGAGGACAAACAGAGCCUGUUCGUGGCUGGGAUGUCGGAUAAAAAGAUUGUGCAGUGGGACAUCCGCUCCGGUGAGGUGGUGCAGGAGUACGACAGACAUCUGGGAGCGGUCAACACCAUCACAUUCGUGGAUGAAAACCGUCGCUUCGUCAGUACAUCUGAUGACAAAAGUCUGCGCGUGUGGGAAUGGGAUAUUCCUGUGGACUUUAAAUACAUCGCUGAACCCAGCAUGCAUUCAAUGCCCGCUGUAACACUCUCACCUAACGGUAAAUGGUUGGCCUGUCAGUCGAUGGACAAUCAAAUCCUGAUAUUUGGAGCUCAGAACAGAUUCCGUCUCAACAAGAAGAAGAUCUUCAAAGGUCACAUGGUGGCAGGAUAUGCCUGUCAGGUGGGCUUCUCUCCUGACAUGAGUUAUGUUGUGUCCGGCGAUGCUGAUGGGAAGCUGAAUAUUUGGGAUUGGAAGACCACUAAGCUGUACCAUCGGAUCAAAGCUCAUGAUAAAGUGUGUAUCAGCGCUCUCUGGCACCCUCACGAGACGUCAAAGGUGAUCACAUGCGGCUGGGACGGACAGAUCAAACUCUGGGACUAAACACAAGAACACAUUCACACAUCCUUCUUUUAUCCCUAUGUAAUGUUUUCUUCUCUAUCGUGACGCACAGUUCAGGCUGUGAUCUUCAGAGAUUUAUUGGGCUGGUAUCCAGUCCUGAGAGAACAACUGCUUUUAUCUCUCGUUUGGUUUUUUAAUGGUUGAGAACGUAACGCUGGGCUUUAACAGCAUCUUCAGUGUGUCACAUGUCUCUCUUUUUGAUGAUAAUAAAUGUGUGUAGUUGAGUGGUGAUGUAUGUGUUUGUGUGUGUUUUGGAGGGGUUCGGCAGGUCUUGUGUUAAUCGAAAAUAAACAUUCUGUC